CUCAUUGUGGUGAUCGAGGUUAGUCUGUCACGGAGGAGGAUCAGUGGAGAUUUGAAAUCGAGUGGAGCGGAUAGUUCGCGAACAUUGAGCGUUGUGUGUAAAAUCCAAUCCUCGUUUUGUCCGAGACAUACACCGGCACGAGGAAUGCUGAGUCUGCGAUGGGACAAAGUCAAGUGUUGUUGGCGCCGCUGUUUAUCGCUAUGAAGGCAGCAGCUUCAUGUUACCGCGACUUGCUUUCGAUUCCCUGCAUGCUGCAGCCAGGAUCGUCCAAGUUAAUAGGUUAAAGGGCGCUUGUCUGCCCUCUUCUGACAGUCCCAAACAUUUUCACAUAGACAUGAAAGGCCGCAGCAGAUGGUAAUGGAGCUCCAGGAGUUGGGCUGGCUGGCUGUGGUGGGGCUCUUCCUGGCCUCCCUGCUCAUCGUGUUAGCCUGGCUGUUCCAGUUCUCGCUGAGCCUCCUGCGGCAGUGGAGAACCAGGAAAGCCGAGCGGGAUCGGCGGUACCUUUCCCUCAGGCGGCAUCUCUGCCACGGUUGGGCCGCAGGUGCGUGGGGCUUCCUGCUCAAGCUACGCCUGGCUCGGGGUGGAGGAGCUGCGUCCGAGGCCGGGGUUAAAGGCUUGUUGACCUCCCUCUUCUCCUUCAAGUCGUUCAGCGAGCAGUGUCGCAGGAGCUGGGUCAAAACUCUGAAUGAGCAAGCUUGCAGGAAUGGGAGCUCCAUCCAAAUCACUUUUGACAGCAGUGUCCAGUUUACUGCUGCCCCUGCAAUAGAGAGUGUGACCUGCACUGACCAAUCAACACGCAGAACGGUGGUUUUACAUUGUAAAUGUCGGGUGGACACAGUGGCCUUUCCUGUGACGGUCACACAGCAGUCCCCCGCUGCCGUCGCCAUGGACACCUAUCAGAUUACGAUCGCACCUACGGUCGCAAAGGUGGUCGUAUGUCUGGAGGAGGUGGAGGACGAAGGACUCUUGGUGUCCUGGUCUCUUUCCAAGCAGCCAUUAUUGAAACUGACUGUGUCGCCAUGCAAACAGCUGAGACAGGGCGCCGAUGACGAGGGAGACUUGGAUGUGAUCAGGAGUCUUAUCGAGGAUACUCUGUUCAGCUCUCAUCCAGCCAUGAUCCUCAACCUCAGGACUUGUACAACGAGUUGUCCCGUCCCUGCGGAACAUUUAUCAGUAGGAUUAAAGCCUGUACCCCAGAGCGUCUUUGUGCGGAGACUACUUCUACGGCAGCUCAGAGCAACCUUGGGUAAAGACCAGCGGUGCAGCUCAGAAGAGCUGUGCUGCGUCCUCACCUUGAACCGACCCUCCUCAGAAAGGACAACCUGCUUCCUGCCUGUGCCCUACAACCCAAAGACCCCAAUGGAAUGGAGAGAAGAAAUUACCCUGGAGCUAAGCCCAGAAACCAAAGAGCUGAGAGUGAGACUUCUGGAGCGGAAUGGCAGACGCGAGCAAUUCCUUCCAGGCCGUGCCUCCUUCGCCUUGGACCGCCAGUCCAAAGUUCCUACCUCUGUUGUACUCACAAUAAACGCAAGUCACGCCUUGGAACCUAUUGCCACCGUCACUGCAGAACUGCUCUAUGUGGAAACUGAGGAACUUCGCUCACCACCGCGUUCCUCGCUCACCCCCACCAAAAAGGUCGACGUGGACCGGACCGUCAUGCCGGACGGAACAGUCGUCACCACUGUAACGACGGUCCAGUCCAGACUGAAAUUGGAGUGCAGUCCAGGUGAUUCUCCUUUGCGUUCUCCGUCCAAAGUUGAGGUGAUAGAGAAGAAGCCCACCAUUCUGUCUGAUGGAAGAGGGACCCCGAGCCCCGAUCCCACUAAGGGCAGCCGCUUGUCUAAUGGCUUGGAUCCUGUUGCAGAAACGGCCAUUCGACAACUGAGUGAGUCCAACUCCAAAAUGGCUCGAAAGACUCCAACAAAGAGAAGCACACUGAUCAUAUCAGGCGUCUCCAAGGUUCCACUCUCUAAAGACGACUGCACGCUGUCGAGUAGCUACGCCGCAGCAAUGGACGCAGCCAUGCAGAGCAACCAUUUUGGGGCGGGGCAUCAUCAAGAUCCAGAUGAAACCACACCUUCCGAUGUGUCAGAGCGUCCCUCCGUGGAUGAUGUGGAAUCAGACACUGGCUCCACCAGUGCUUUGGAAACACGCAGCCUCAAGGACCAUAAAGUGGGAUUUCUGCAGAGCGGAUCAAAGCUGUUGUUCCGCAGAAGAUUUCGGGAGAAGGAGCCCUGCCUCAGCCAGUCCCACGAAGACGUCUCCAAAAUGGCCAAUAACUUUGCCGCGGCAGCGGAUAGCGGUCGAAAGAAGUCCGGCAGCUUCUCACGACGUCUCAUCAAACGCUUCUCCUUCCGCUCAUCGGGGAAAUGGAAAGGCAAAGCGACAAGCCCCAAUGGAGGAGCGAGCUCGGCCCAUAACUGAUCAUUUCGGCUGUCGUCUCUUCCUUGUCAGCUGUCUGAGCACAAGAACCAUUCCAUCCCAUUCUAAAGUCCGUCGGAUGGAGGAUACCUUUGGGAGUGGAGAAAUAUCGCUGCUUCAGAACAAAGUGGUUCUUUAUCAAAUCAUUAAAGCUCAAACAAGUUGAAUUCUAUUGUUUGUAGGGUUUUUCUGUUUUUUGCGGGAUGGGCACAAGGGAACAAUUGCAAUGAAAUUCUGGUUUGUUUGAUUGACAGAUGGUGGAAGAAUGAUGCCAGUAGAAUGGCAGUGGUGCACUUUGGACUACAUCUUUUUAUAUUCUACAUACAUGUAGAAUAAUGAAGGUAAUUUAUGAUUAUGUGAAGUGCUAUUUUAUCUAGACUAUGGGUUGUCAUAGGUGCAUUAUUCUGUAAAAUAGAGAUAUUGCUGUGAUUUCUUUCCCCAUGCAAAGGUAGUUUUAAAAUCAAGUUGAAUUCCAUGUUAAUCUAGUUGUAAUGUGCUAGUUGUGCAUUGCAUUAAGACAUUGUUCAGUGUAGGUUGUAAAAUAAGAGGAAUGGAUUUUUAGGGGGGGGGAUAAAGUACUUGCUCCUAAAUGAUUUUCAGUUACCCAAGUGUAUUCUCAGGAGGGAAAGCAAGCAGGCUUAAUGUUAAAACAAUGUAUGUAGUCUAUGAUUAGUACUUGUACUUGAAAAAAAGAGUUUUAAAAAUAUAAUUUCCAGGAAUAUUUUUCAAUCAUAAAAUUACUAUUACUGUGAUUGAGCAACCACAGUCACAAGCACAGUGAUUGAUAUGUACAAUGUGCUUUAAGAAACUAGGAUCGAUUCUCAAUUGCUUUGGAUCGAAAAAGACGCAUUGCCUGGCUGGAAUGUGAAACCAGAAGUGGUAGCUACAUGUGGCACGUGUGAUUUCUGCUGUUAUGUUUAAUUUAUUUCAAAUAAAUUAUUUCAAAAGCCA